AUGAACCCGCCGGCGCCCGGCAAGCCGGCUACGCGCACCUCAGGGUACAACCAAAAAGCGCUUGCCGAGAUAAGAAAUUCAUUACUCCCGUUUGCUAAUAUUGGGAGCUUAGAGCCACCUGGCUCAUCCGCAGCUAGCACUGUAAGCUCAGGAGUGAGCUCUGGAUUCAGUUCCUCCUCAGGCAAUGGACUAGAUAAGGAUUUGAAUGUAUUGCCUCAGUCACUUAAUCAGCUCAUUGCUUUGGGUUAUGAUGAGGACCCAGCUGUUAAAGCAUUAAAAUAUGCUGGUGGACGGUUUGAUGCAGCCCUUGAUUAUUUAUCAAAAAAGCAGGAACCACUUAAUGGUGUCUUAAAGUCAUCAAACUUAAGUGCUUUAAGUACUAAGCUUAUAAGGAAACCUAGUUUGGAGAGAGAAAUUAAUCUUCAUAGAGGAAGUCCUGCAUUAGAUUCAGGAGCGGGAAGUUCUCGGUCUGAUAGUCCAAGACAGUCAGAUGGACCGCCUUUGCCUCAUGAAAAGUUAAGCAGGCAGUAUUCGCCGUCAGGAUUCUCAGAACCUCCGCCUCCACCGCCACCAAGAUGUCCGUCUACACCGCCAGUACCGCCAGCGGUACAUCAGUACAUGAAGCGAAUAUCACCUGCUCCACCUUUGCCUCCCGCCAGAGGCACAAGCCCUGUAGCCUCAGGGGCACCGACACCCUCUGCGCGACAGCCAAUGAUAGUUCAAAAUGGUCCACAAGUCCAACAACAGUUGUCCCAACAAAUACAAGCUUUAAGUAUUUAUCAAACUACUACAGAACUGCCACCUCCAUACCCUUUAACGGGCGUUCCCCCGCCGCCUCCCUACUCAGUAUCUAUGCAAAACAGGCAGAGCCCUACACAAUCUCAAGAUUACCGGAAGAGUCCAUCGUCAGGAAUAUAUUCAGGAGGUACGUCAGCUGGCUCGCCGAGUCCGAUUACGGUCACGCAAUCGACCGGUUCAGCGUCGGGCAUGACUCGCCCUACGCCUAUCCAGGCGUGGACAGCGAGACAAGCCGUCCAACCCCCUAUUAUAAUGCAAUCCGUAAAGAGUACGCAAGUACAAAAACCAGUUCUACAGACUGCCAUUGCCCCGGUCGCCCCACCCCCUGUGGCUAGCUCUGUCGUCCAACCCCCGCCGCCGUCAUAUGCUAGCUCUAUACAGCAAAAACAAUCGCAAACUCCUCCUAGUUAUCCGUUAGCUCCAAAGCCAUCUUCACCUGGCUCCACGCCUCCAAUACCAACUGCUACUACUCCCACUAUACCAACGACUGAACCACCGAGCUACGCUAUUACGAUGCAAGCCCUAGCCGUGCAAAGAGGAAUGAACCCAGUUCCGCCACCUCCUUAUGGCAACCAAAUUGAUAAUACAGCAACUGUCAAUUCCCACCACUCACCAUUACACAAGAAAUUUUCAAACAAUGAGCAAAUGGAACUCAAGUGUCCCAAUCAAACAUGUAAUCUUUUAAAAGAUAGUGCUUGCGGCUCAGAUAAAAGCGCAAAUGGUUCGACCAACCGUCGAUCAAAGGAUCCGGAAAAGAUUCGUCAUCAUUCACCUAUUCCAGAAAGAAAGAAUAUCAGCAAAGAAAAGGAGGAUGAAAGAAGAGAUUGUAAAGUUAGAAAUUAUUCUCCUCAAGCAUUCAAAUUCUUUAUGGAGCAGCAUGUUGAAAACAUUCUCAAGUCAUAUAAACAAAGGACAUAUCGAAAAAUGCAAUUGGAAAAGGAAAUGACCAAAAUAGGUCUCAGUGCUGAAGCUCAGGAUCAAAUGAGGAAGAUGCUAUCUCAAAAAGAGUCUAAUUAUAUUCGGUUGAAGCGUGCGAAGAUGGAUAAGUCCAUGUUUACUAAAAUAAAGCAUAUUGGCGUGGGGGCAUUUGGUGAAGUGACUUUGGUUAGAAAGAUUGAUACUAGUCAUCUGUAUGCCAUGAAGACCCUUCGGAAAGCUGAUGUCUUAAAAAGAAAUCAAGUAGCGCACGUGAAAGCUGAACGUGAUAUUCUGGCUGAGGCAGACAAUGAAUGGGUUGUGAAGCUUUAUUACAGUUUUCAAGAUAAGGAUAAUCUAUAUUUCGUAAUGGAUUACAUCCCGGGUGGGGAUCUAAUGUCACUUCUAAUAAAAUUGGGUAUAUUUGAAGCAAAUCUGGCGAGAUUUUAUAUUGCGGAACUGACUUGUGCAGUAGAGAGUGUACACAAGAUGGGAUUUAUUCAUCGAGAUAUAAAGCCAGACAACAUUCUGAUUGACCGUGAUGGACAUAUCAAGCUAACAGACUUCGGUUUGUGCACGGGGUUUCGGUGGACGCAUAAUUCGAAAUAUUAUCAACGAAAUGACCACGGCCGACAGGACUCCAUGGACCCAGUGGAUGGAGAAUGGGGUGCAAUGGGUGAAUGUCGUUGUCAUCAGCUUAAGCCAUUAGAGAGGCGACGUAAGAGGGAACAUCAGCGAUGUUUAGCGCACUCUUUAGUGGGGACACCAAAUUAUAUAGCACCCGAAGUGCUUCAGAGAACCGGGUAUACGCAGCUUUGCGAUUGGUGGUCAGUGGGAGUGAUCCUGUAUGAGAUGUUAGUUGGGUCACCACCCUUUCUAGCUGCUACUCCGGCUGAAACACAACUAAAGGUGAUUAAUUGGGAAAGUACCCUCCAUAUACCGGACGCGGCAAAUCUUUGUCGCGAAAGCAAGGAUUUGAUCCUCAAAUUAUGUUCUGGACAGGAAAAGAGGCUGGGCAAAGAUGCCAUAGAGGUUAAAAACCAUCCCUUUUUAAAGGGAAUCGAUUUCGACAAGGGAUUAAGAAGGCAAGUAGCGCCCUACAUCCCUAGAAUAGACUAUCCCACAGAUACGUCAAACUUUGAUCCAAUUGAUCCAGAAAAGUUGCGGAACUCUGGCAGUUCCGACUCCAAUAAAUCUGACAGUGAACUUUUGGACAAUGGUAAGACCUUCCACGGAUUCUUCGAGUUUACGUUUAGGAGGUUCUUUGAUGAUGGAUAUACGAACAAAAUAAAUCUCGAUGAUAACGAUAAUCAGGGGCCGGUGUAUGUUUAG